AUGGAACUCAACGACCCUUCGAUUAUAUCAACCACCCAGUUUUCAGGUGAAUUGUCGGACAGCGAUGCCGCAGCCGCUACUCACAAAUCGCAACAAGCCAUCUCGAAUCUAUUUCAAAAAUUAGCUAAAAAAGAUAGAGAAGAGAAGCCAAUCGGUAGCGUAGAAUCUUCAACUGAUAGCUCUAACAUUUCUAUUGCUACAAGCACCAACAAUAAAGAAAGUAAUAGGAAAAAAAAUAAGAAAACGACCAUGCUGAAUUUCAGCAGUUUGACGGAUCCUAUAACGAACUACAAACCAAUGGAGCUGCAAUACAAGACAUAUGCAUACUCUAUGAACGAACUUUACCACUUGAAGCCAUCUUUGGCUAGCCCUUCGUAUGAAGAAGACCCACUCAUUUCGGAACUUGUGAAGAGUCUGCCUAAGAGAAAGUUUUGGCGGUUGCGCAUGGGGCCUCCAGAUCAAAAGCAUGCUAAUAACCAUCAUUUUAAUGGAAGCAACGGUGGAGGUAGUUGGAAGGCUGGUUACAAAAACGGCAAAAGUGAUGAGAGGAGAAUGAGUAGGACCAAAAACAUGCAGGGGGGCAAACGAAGAUCCCAGCAAGAUGAUGAAGACAAAAAGAUUGACCAAGAAAUGCUGGAAAUGGACAAGAAUCUUCAAUUGGGAGGUGAUGUUGGUCAUUCAAUUGCAGAUUUUGAAGAUUGGAAGGCAAAGAUGAAAGAAUUAGAAUUGAAAAAAGUUUCAAAAUCUAAAGGGAUCAGUAACUCUGCCGCGGUUGCCCCCAGAGAAGGCGCUGCUCAUGAAACACCCAUUGAUUUAAGACCGGCUAUGCCAAAGGGUUCUAGUUCUAUAACGGAUUUUUUGAAUUUAAAGAGGCAAGACAAGAAGGAAGAACCUUUACAACAAACAACUGGCAUUCCUAUUGGACAGCCAAACCUAUCGAAAGCCAGUAUAGAACAAGUGAACGAUUUAGAAACUAAUUCAGAUUUAGGUAAAAGUUCAUCAUCUCGGUUUUCAUCAUUUUUCAAUAAAUCUGCCACUUCAUUGCCCUCAUUAGAUACUAAUAAUCAAGCGCCAUCACCAAACGUGUCUGUAGUAAACAACGAUGGUAACGGCACACCACAUCAAAGCGGUUCAAGAUUGAUGUCAUUUUUCAAAGAAUCUAGAUCGAGUACUCCAAACGCAGAAUCGCAACUGUCAUCAACCUCAGAAAAAGAUACUGGAAAGAUGCAUACUCUUCCGCAAUUCCAGCAGCAACCGCAGCAAAUGCAACCAAUGGUAUUCCCUCAGCAUCCUCCUAAUAAUAACGCGUUUUUCAAUGGGCUAUUAAAUAAAGGUAAAAGUGAAACUAGCACUCCUCCUCCUCCCCCAGGGCUAAUCCCUCAUCAAGGUCCACAAUUUCCUAUGAUGGGCGUACCACCAAAUUUCCCACAGCACAUGAUGCCACCACCACCAGGUCUCGUUCAAUUCCAAAAAGAUUCUAAAGAUGUAAAUAAGAAGGUUGACAAGCAACCAAGGCAGAAUAAAAACGCGAACGGAUCCAGGAAUAGUAAGGGAAAACAAGCGGCAACAGUGACAUCAGACUUGCCUCAACAGCAAUACAUGCCACCACCCCCACCUCCAGGUUUUUUUCCCAUGCAUCCUAAUUUUCCUAACGGUCCAAUGCCACCAUUACCGCAGGGUUUCCCCAUGCCACCAAAUGGUAUGUUGCCGGUAGCAGGUCAGCAACCACAGCCACCUUAUCCGAAUAUGAUGCUACAGGGAAAUUUCCCUCCUAACUUCCAGCAGGGCUUUAGUAGCAACUCCCGUAUGCCAAUUCCACCUAUCAUUAACGGUAAUGGCAAAAAUAUUACAAAUCAGUUACCACCAGGAUUGAACUCUAAGAAGAAUAUAAAAAGAAACGCCUAA